CGACGUCAUGGUCCAGUUCGUUUGCAGUCGCCGUACUUGUCAUUUCGAGGUGUCGAGAUAAAGCGGCAAAGAGCAAUCUUGGCGCGCUGAGCGCUGUGAACCGCAGAUUGCGCAGACGAGUGCUGGGGGACCUGCAGCACCCAUUACAGUGACCAGUCCAAGGACGCGCCAUACAAACACCAAGGUGUCGCCUCGCUAGCCACGGGUUUUUACGUCGCUUUAUCCAGGUUCAGCCGCGUUCGCAUGUACCUACAGCUUGUGGUCAAGCGAGGCAUGGCGCAAACACGGUGUAGCGACGAUCGAGUCGUCGUGGUACGAUGUUUGCUGUCGGCUCGAGACGCUGCUCGUGUCUAGCCCCUUGGCGCUUUUCCCGAGUACUUCAUUUCCACUUUUGCUUGCUUUAAGAAGCGACACGAUGGCAGGUCCGUUUCUAACGAUGGAGGACAUGAAGAUGUGCUUCUCGCUCUUCUGCGUCGUCUAUGGCAUCGGUACUCUCGGUAUGCCAGGCAACUACUCCCGCGCUGGCUACGUCUGGGCGACCGUCGCGCUUGCCUUUAUGGCGUCCAUCAACAUUUACGCAUCGGUCUGCAUCUCCAAGGUCAUGAUGGUCGCGCCCAAGAAGGUUCAGACGCUUAGUGACAUUGGCGAGUGGGUCUUUGGCAAGCCCGGUCGCUGGGUCACGGUCAUCACGCACAUGCUCGUGUGCACGAUGGUCCCGAUCGUGUUCUUGGUGCUUGGCGGAACUUUGCUCACGGUGUUGUUCCCGUCGUCGUACGCCGACUCGACGUGGAUCGCGCUCAUGGGUCUCUCGCUCCUUCCCGUCUGCCUCAUCCCGACGCUCAAGGAAGGUGCGGGCACCGCUGCCGCUGGCGCCCUCGGCACAGUCCUCGCGGAUGUGAUUGCGCUCUACAUCCUUGUCGACGAGAUGACGCCGAUGCCGGUCUCGCCGCCGUCGCCCGAGCUCUCGGUGAGCGGCGUCACAGCCGUCUUUGGCAACUUGGCGCUCGCGUAUGGCGCCGGUGUCAUCAUUCCGUCGCUCCAGCGCGAACAUUCGCAGCCCGAGCGUAUGCCGCGCGUGAUUACCGUCACGCUCGGUGUCAUCACGACCUUCUUCCUCAUCAUCUCGAUCACGGGCGUCUCGGUUGUCGGCUGCCAGAUUCCCGGCAACCUCCUCUUUGCCAUCACCGGCACCAAGCUCGGGUUUGAAGCGUCGCGCGGCGGUGUCAUCCUCUCGUUCCUCUUUAUGCAGCUGCACAUCACGAUCGCGUUUGCCCUUGUGCUCUUCCCGGCUAUGUUUAUCGCUGAGCGCCUCGUCCUUGGCCUGCACAAGGAGCUCUUCACGCUCGACGCCGACGCCGCCGCGUACGACGACCUCGAGACGCCGACCAAGGACGACGCCGAGAAGACCGAUGCCCCAGUGCACGUGGCGGACGCCGCUGACGCGUACAAGGCGCCGGGUGCGUACCUCAAGGCCGCGAUCCUUCGUACGGUCAUGGUCGUCCUCUGCGUCGUCAUUGCGAUCAUCUUCAAGGACAAGUUUAGCGAUCUUCUGGAUUUCGUCGGUGCGUCCUGCACGUCGCUUUGCUGCAUGAUUUUGCCCAUCAUCUUCUACCUCAAGACGUUCUACAAGACCAUGUCGCUGCCCGAGAAGGCAUUUGCGAUCGUCUCGAUCCUCGUCACGUCGGCGCUCGCGAUCUACGUGACGAUCAACACGGGCAAGGCCUUGUUCGCGCCCGGCCCACCGGGUCCGCGCUUCCCGUUCUGCGCUGCUGAGUUUCAAGACUUUGUGUACACCAACAAGACGCACUACAACUUUUAAAGUUGACGUGUAAAACUUUGUAAUCAAAUGUAAAAUGUGUGGAAUCGUGC